AUGAUGGAUACCUCUUCAUCUACAAUACAAAUUCUAGAAUCGCCAAUCGACACAUCACGAGAAACUGUAUUUGAUUCUGAAUUGAAAAUUAAUCCCAACAAUUCGCGAUAUUAUUUAUUUGAAGCAAUAGACAAGACAUAUACUUGUUCAAUUGAUGCUCUUGAUACUUAUCAUCGUGUGUCUGAUGCUAUGUUAGAGCGUGAUCCAGAACUACACGAUCUUUGGAUUGAUUCAUAUUUUUAUUCGUAUGCAUUCAUUGAAGUAUUUGAGAACGAAAUGAAUUAUUAUUAUCAUUCAUUUCUAAGAAAUAACGUCAAAUCAUUGAAUAUGUUUCGUCGAAUUGAAGGUUGGAAUUAUAUUCUCAAUAGUUAUAUGAAAUAUUUUGAAUAUAUCCACGAUGACAAUAGUUAUAGGAUUUAUUCAUUAAUAAAUUUAUAUUUUUCAGCUUUAACAACAAUCUUUUUGCAUAAUCGUUAUGGUUUAAGAAUAAUCGAGACUCCAAAACUAGAUGUCAAUAAUAAUGAUAACAAAUUAGAGGAAUCAUCAGUACAAAUGAAUAAGAAAAAGUCAUUGUCACGAUUUAAAACGAAUGUGGCUCUCAAAAAUUAUAUUGAAAAAAAUAUUCCAAAUUUUAAUCAAGUACUCAAAGAAGCCAUUCAGACUGGUAAUAAUUUAGUAAAAUUAAUGAAUUUUAAUAAAAUGCCAACAUAUUUGGAAAUGCUUAAUGUACAAUUUAAUGCUUGGUGUGAUUGGUUGAAACGAGAUUCAAUUUUAAAACGAAAACGAUCAGAUAACGAACAAGAUGAAAAUUAUGACAAUAAGAGACAAAGAGCAAAUGGGGAUGAUUUAAUAUCAUUACAAAUUCCAAAACAAUCUGUACUUGUAUCAACAAAUGAAAUUGUUUUAACUGAUAAUAAUCGAACACCAAUAAAUUCAUUACAAAAUAUUAUUAAAUUGGAUAAAAAUUAUAAAGGAAUUUUUUCUGCUUGUUUCGAAUAUUAUGUUGAAAAUUUUUAUCCAACACAAUUGACAACAAACAUGAAUAUUGGUGGUGAACGAUUUGUAUUGAACAAAUGGUCAAAAGAAAAAUUACAUUAUUUUUUACCAUAUGAAUAUCAAAAUCGUUUAAAUGAUCACACAUUCGAAAAAGAAAUUCAAGAUCUAUAUCAUCAACAAACCAGUGUUCUAUUUAAAUCUAAAAACUGUUAA